AUGGGGGCACACCUGCGCGAUGUCCUGCUUGCCUCGCUGCAGCGCGAUGUGGAGAAGCAUCAGCGACUUGCCCAGCGAAAUGUGACGCCGCCUGGCUUCGUACUCAGGGUCCAUGGCGUGCAGUUGCAGUCAAGCGUUGCGGCGAAGGACCGCAAACGCCAUCGCGACAGAGCCGACCGCACGCCUCCGCAACGAAUUGAAAGCACUGUAUCGCAAGGCGAAGCGUGGCCUUCCCUCGUGCUGGCUACACUGUCGUCGGUGCUGCAGCAUCUCGAGAGCGACGCCGAGGAAAAGCAGAACGAGGCGGCAAAUCAAAGCGCAACCCCGUCGGCAGUCUCCGUGCUGAGGUCCGUUGCUGGAGUAGAGGUGCGCCACUGCCGGCUGCAGGCACACCAUCUCUGCGCCGACAACCGCGGCGCGGCAGACAGCGUAUCACUAGCUGACAUUCUCCUUUCCCCUCAGCGUUCAUGGAACUCAGCAGCACAAGCAGCGCCAUCGCCCGCGUACGUGCGCCUUGUGACGCUGGACCUUGAGUGCAACGAGCUGGGAGAUGCGGGAGUGCGGCUACUGUGCAGCGGUCUUCUCGUGCACCUUCGUGGUCUUCGUCGUCUCCUGCUCGCAUCGAACAACAUCACGAAAGACGGACUGCUCUUCUUGGUGGGCUCUGCUCAACCGCAUGGUGAGGAUCACCUGCCUCCACAUCUCGAGACGGUCGGCCUCACAAACAACCCACUGGGUACGCACGCACGCAGGGCUGUACAUGGCCACACCUCCGAGGACGCCUUGUGCGACGCGUUCCGCACGCUGGCCUCGCGUCUCUCCUCGACGCUUCGACGAGUGCACCUGAAUCAUGCUGGUCUGAGCACGCGCGAGGUUUCGUCUGUGCUGCAAGCACUGUUCGAGUGCGUCGUCCAGCACCCAGGACCGUCCGCGUUCGACAUGGUGUACCUGCGAGAAAACGAGCGCGUCGACAAGGAGGAGGCGCUGCGUCUUCUAUGCGGCAAGGUUGAGGACCAGGAAAAUCUCGACACCUUUUUGCGACGUCACGUGUCCAUGUAA